UAUGAGCUCUUUGAAUUGGUAGCACAUGUUUCUCCACUGUUUUCGUCGGCAUUAAUAUGGCAGCAUCCAUGGCAUCCCAGGCUGUAGUGAAAGCACUGCGUCAAACAUCCUCCAAACACAGACUAUUUGACAAAUUCAAGUGUGCGAGGCUGAGCUCCAGACGAUGGCUCAACCUGCAGGAGUACCAGAGCAAGAAGCUGAUGCAGGAGAGCGGGGUGACUGUCCAGCGCUUCUACGUGGCAGACACAGCCUCCGAGGCUCUGGAGGCUGCCAAGAGGCUGGAAGCAAAGGAGAUAGUUCUCAAGGCCCAGAUACUGGCAGGGGGGCGAGGGAAGGGCCUGUUCGAUAGUGGCCUUAAAGGUGGAGUGCACUUGACUAAAGACCCUUUGGUGGUGGGUGAGCUGGCCAAUAAGAUGCUUGGCUUUAGUCUGACAACCAAGCAGACACCAAAAGAAGGGGUGAAGGUGAAAACGGUGAUGGUGGCGGAGGCUUUGGACAUCAGCAGAGAGACCUACUUUGCCAUCCUGAUGGACCGCGCCUGUAACGGGCCUGUCAUGGUGGGUAGUCCUCAGGGAGGCGUGGACAUCGAGGAGGUGGCUGCCACCACUCCUGAGCUCAUCUUCAAGGAAGCCAUAGAUAUUUGGGAAGGAGUUCGAGAUGACCAGGCGCUGCGCAUGGCUGGCAAUUUGGGUUUCAAAGGACCUCUGGAGCGCCAGGCAGCAGAUCAGAUUAAGAGGCUCUAUGAUCUCUUCCUGAAAGUCGACGCGACUCAAGUUGAAGUCAAUCCUCUUGGAGAGACUCCGGAGGGACAAGUGGUGUGUUUCGAUGCCAAGAUCAACUUUGACGACAAUGCAGAGUUCCGUCAGAAAGCCGUCUUUGCGAUGGAUGACAUGUCGGAGAGCGACCCCACUGAGACGGAAGCAGCCAAGUGGGACCUUAAAUACAUUGGACUGGAUGGAAACAUUGCCUGCUUUGUGAAUGGGGCCGGCCUGGCCAUGGCCACUUGUGACAUCAUCGACCUACAUGGAGGGAAGCCAGCAAACUUCCUGGACCUGGGAGGAGGAGUCAAGGAGAACCAGGUGUACCAGGCCUUUAAACUGCUCACAGCAGACCCCAAGGUGGAGGCCGUCCUGGUGAACAUCUUCGGAGGCAUCGUCAACUGUGCCAUCAUCGCCAACGGCAUCACCAAGGCCUGCCGAGAGCUGGAGCUCAAGGUCCCGCUUGUGGUCAGGCUGGAAGGGACCAAUGUACAGGAGGCCAAAAGGAUCUUGUCAGAGAGUGGACUGCCUAUCACGUCGGCCAGUGACCUGGAUGACGCGGCCAAGAAAGCUGUGGCCAGCAUCAGGAAGUAGAGGAUCACCUCAAGACCAAAGCUUCUACGUUCAGUCCAGCCCCACUCCCCCACCCCAGCAUCACCCAGACCCACCCAGCCCUCCUCUCCUCUCCUGGCUUAGCCCCCUCCCCAAGGCCCCCUAGCCCUGAUAUCAACCUCUGAAGAUUCAGCAAUAUCUUCCCGGUGCUUCCUCCUCGUCCUUGUCAGGUCUUUGUGUUUCAGUGUUGUUUUAGUGUUGGCCUCAGCUUUGGAAAUCAAGUCAACAGACUUGAAUUGUACAUUCCAUUUUCACAAGGCAAGGAAUUUAAGUACAAAAUAUAUACUCACUAUAUAUCAAUCAGACUUAAAUAGGAAGAGAUAUCCUAUUCACAUGUUGCAGAUGCCUUUUGUGUGCCAUCACUGUGAUUUCUGUAAAGGACGGUUUGUCAAAUAUGUCUUCUGACAGCCAACCUGGAAGAACUCUCAAAGAGCAGAAGGCCUUGCUUAUCUCUUCUGGUUUUCUAUUUUGUUUAUCAUCAGUGUCAAUAGGUUAUUGGUGCUUUAGGAGAAACUUCCUGGGUUUGCCUUAAAGCCAAUGCCUUAAUUGCAUGUUGUUUGUAAGGCAGUUGAAAUGAUCUUAUUCACCCAAUGUCUAUCAUUAUUAUAUUUGAAACCAGGUGUAUGAAGUGGGCAAUCUUACAGUAUUGCACUCUUAUUUUGUAAUUCCAUAUUUGAUUGUGCUGCAGUGAAAGUUGAUUUAGCAGGAACUUUGAUAAACACUGUGCCUACUCCAUGAAGGAAAAAUGGUUGACAGGUGAACUAGCCAACACUUCAUGCAUUUAUCAAAUGUCAUUGUAAUUACAAUUUUUAUAAUCAUGAUUGUAUAUUGCCAGUUGAGAUGUUGCUGGUUAACUUUGUGUGUUUAUAAUUUGAGAGAGAAAUAAAUGACUUUCAGGAA